AUGGAAAUGGGGCAGAGCAAUGACACUGACAGCACAGCCAUGUACAAUGCAACGGGCAACGCGGCACCGUUGCUUGGAUCCAACAAGGAUGACUCGAACAAUGUUGGUGGAAUGCGUCUUCCACUGGAACUCAUCAUUGCCGUGUUUGUGUUUGCAUUGGCGAUGAUAAUUGUGGCAAUGGAAUCCAUCAAGGCUGUUCGGGCCAUGAGGGAAUAUCAUGACUUUAAAGAACGAGCCAAGAAGCAGUUGCAAGACCAUCAUCACGCCAAACGACGACAACAAAGGUGCGAUGAUUGUUGUUCUAUUCUUCCUCUAUUAGGUGGCCGUCAUGAAUAUCACUUUCAAUGCCGAUACUCGGAUUCGAGUUUUUAUCAGACGCGAGUUUUGCCCGAGAUCUAUCGAGGAUGGUUUCAUCGUUCUAGACUACGGCGGAACAUUGGUGAUCAUGAAAUUGAAACUCAAGGUGUCCUGGUCGUCAUUGAUGAAGCAAUUUGGUCCGAGAGAAAACAAUGCUCACGGCAACAACACGAUAGCAAUCCUCCAGCCAGCAGAACAUACGACAAUGUCAGCAACAGAGUGAAGGACUUGGAAGAAUGUGAAAAGGAAAGCAACAACAGUAGUGCCGAAAGCCAAAGGUCAGAUAUCCAAGAUCAGCGAUUGCUUUCUCUAGAUGGCUACGGUACGAGCCCGCAUGGUACCUUUGAAAUCACAGAAGGAUACCUGUGCCCCUUUUCUGGAAGAUGCUAUUGGGUGCAAGAAGACAUUGACAAUUGUUGCAGAACAAGAAAAGUAGUGUCAUCGGGCUUUUUCUGCCGACAGCAAGGCGAGGAACCUGGGUCACUUCGUUUCAGCGGCACCUGGAGGGCCAAUACAGGUGCCACAGGACAAUCAGCGCAACUAACCUUAUGGCCAGCGACACACGAUGAUGGGAAACCCCAGCCCUCCUCUCCGAACGGGGACAGUUGCUCCGUCACGGUGGACACGGGCACUUCUUCUUUGGCCACAUUUGCCAUAACCACGGGCUAG